AAGCAUCGGGAUCACAUGACACAUAAGCAAUUCUGACUCAUCGCGCACGCUCAGUAAGACCCGUACGACUUUCUUGGAUCCCGCGCAUGCCUGUAACGCAGCCGCACUGCGAGGUGCGUCAGCAGACAGGAGAAAGCAGUAGAAGGACCGGAGUCGCCGGUGCUAAGCGGGAGCGCUGGAUAUGGCGGACGGAGAGCGCUCCCCGCUUCUGUCGGACCUUGGUGAUGGAGGAGGCAUGGGAGCAGCGAUGGGUCCCGGGGCCCCUUCCCCUGGGAGUGUGCUCCCCACUGCUCCUCCGUAUGGUGGUCCUGGUCCCACCUCUAAUAACAAGCCGCAAGGCUUCCCAGAGUUCCCAGCUGCUCAUGGCUCCGUUAUUACCGGAGAAGACCCUCCUCCAUACUCCCCUUUGACAAGUCCAGAAAGUGGCUCUGCGCCCAUGAUCACCUGCAGAGUCUGCCAGUCACUUAUUAAUGUGGAAGGAAAAAUGCACCAACAUGUGGUUAAGUGUGGUGUCUGCAAUGAGGCUACGCCAAUAAAAAAUGCCCCUCAAGGAAAGAAAUAUGUUCGCUGCCCCUGCAACUGUCUUCUGAUUUGUAAAGUAACCUCCCAGAGGAUAGCUUGCCCCAGACCUUAUUGUAAGAGAAUUAUAAACCUUGGCCCUGUACAUGCUGGUCCCCUGAGUCCGGAACCACAGCCGGUUGGUGUGAGAGUCAUCUGUGGACACUGCAAGAACAAUUUUCUGUGGACAGAAUUUUCAGAUAGAACCUUAGCUCGCUGCCCACACUGCCAUAAGGUUUCUUCAAUUGGCAUGCGGUAUCCUCGAAAGAGAUGUUUCUGUUGUUUCUUGUUGGGAGUUUUGCUGGCUCUGGCUGCUGCAGGACUUGUUGGAGGAACAUGGACUUUGGCACACUCAUAUGGUGGGAUUUAUGCCUCGUGGGCAAUUCUGCUGCUCCUAGCACUGGCAUGUGUUGGCCGUGGUAUCUACUGGGCUUGUAUGCGUGUUAGUCACCCUGUCCAGAGCUUCUCAUGAACAUAGGACCUUCCUCAUACAGCUUCCCCAACAUGGUCAGGAUGACAAGUAAUCGCUUGAAGGCACAGGAUGGAGAUAGAGCAGUUGCUCACAAUAAGGGGGGUAAAUCCUUGCUGCAUAAUAAUGCAGUUCUGAUUGGUUCUACAGUCCUAAAUCACCUGCCUCUCUAUUCUGUCCUAUUACAGGGCUGUAAAUGGGUUUCCUUGUAUACACUACUGAAAUCAUGAAGGUUUUAAAAACACUACAGCACCAGCCUUUAGAAAUGAACGUUAUUUGCUUAUGCAGUAUGUAGCAAAUCCAGGACAAUGUUUACUUUGAGGAAUCUCAUAUUGGGGAGUGUGUGACUAAAUCUAGUGAAUUUAUUCAAAUUCAGAACAGGACACCUACCUGUAAGACUGGCUUGCAGGCAGGUUGGCAUGUUGAAAAUUAGGCAAUGUUUAGGUUUUUUUUUUUUUUUAAUCUUAUUACUUUUUGGUUGAGCUAAAGGCUUUUGCUGUGGUCACUGUGAAAAUCGAGGAAAGCCUUUUUUUCUGCAGCCUGACUAAGGAGAAACAGCACUCAAAACCCUGCAUAAAACUGGGCAUAAGAGGGACCUGUUUCUUGUCCCUGUUAGUAAAAUAAUGACCCCAUCUCCUAAAAAUCUGUGGUUAUGUGGCUCUGUAUAUAGUUGCUACUGGAAAAGUGGUAUAGCAGUGUUUCUAACAACCAACCCCACAUGCAAAUUCCUGUUGUAUUUUCAUUCAUGAGUACAACGUUAAAUAAAAAGGAAAGUCGUUUAGCACUUGGGGGUGCCAAAUGUUAGGCACCCCCAAGUGAAUGUAUUUACUUACCUUGAUACCCAGGCUGGUGCUCAUAUCAGCAGAAAACUGCACCGGCCUGGGGUUAUUCCAGCGAGCACCACUGAGUGCUUCUCUUCCAGGUUCUUCUAACUUCCCAGGGCAGAUGCAUGCGCAGUAGAAUGAAAGAGUCAACUUUUUGUUAAAUUCGGCUUUUCGAAGAAAAGAAAAGAAGAAGCCGGAAGUGAAUCGCUCCGUGCCUAACAGUGCUAAACGACUUUCCUUCUCCUUUAAUAACCCUUAAAUGUACAUUCCUUCCUGAUGAUCCUUUUAAGCAUAAUAAUUAGAGAACCGAAUCCUAUGCAUAUGCAAAUUAGGGGUGGGAAGGGGAAAACAUUUUUUUCACUUCCAUGUUUUGUGACAAAAAGUCAUGCAAUUUCCCUCCCAGACCCUAAUUUGCAUAUGCAAAUUAGGACCCGACUUUGGUUCGGCUAGGCAGAAUGAUUCGGCCAAAUCCUGCUGAAAAAGGCCGAAUCCUGCAUUCGAUGCAUCUCUAAUAAUAAUGAAAGGCUAUGUAUGCCCAUGUAGCUUCUUCUUGUGUUUGCUACGUCUAGGACAGUAUAAAGAAAUGGCAACUAAUUCCAAUCCAUGACCAGUGCCUCAUAAUUUUUUAAAUACGCUCCCUGAAUUAACCCAGACUCCCCUCAGUGACCUGAUGCUUUAUUUGCUUUAUACAGCUGUAAUCAACCAGUGACUUGCUAAUUUGCAGACAUAGAAGGUUCACAUCAACUAUGUAAAAUGAAAGAACAUGGUACACAACAAAAGAUCAACUACAUAUCUAUUAAAAGGGAACAGUUAUAGCUACAAAUACUCCUGACACAUUUUUGUUUGUAGAUUAUGUUAGAAAAGUUAGCAGAGAAUGUCCUUGCUUUGAAAAACCGGCACAUGGAAAUGCAGCUAUGAAUUAAGAGGUGAAUGUUUCUUUUGCUCCCAUUGUGGACAAUAUCCAUAUUGCAGCUUAAAGCCACCCAAAUUGGCAUGAAUGAGGCACAAAUAAGUUUCAGCUGAAAAACUGAGCCUUCAGUGGUACUUUGGGUUUUAUUGCCAUCAAGUAGAAAAACUGCACAAGUAAAAUAUGGUUUACCGGUUCUUUCUAUUAUAUAUGUAUAUAUGUGCCUUUAUUGUGCCCAAAAGCUUUGCUUUCUGGCCAGUGGACUUCAACUGUCUUCAUAAGGAAUUCAUCCCAUUUAUUGUGCAGAGAUUUACAAGACAGAAAUAUGUAGCAUUUCAGGAUUGGCACUGUCCUUGCCUGGCAAAUCUUACAUAAUAAUUGGGUGAAUGCCCUAUAAAGAUAGUUGAGCAAAUUGUCUCAGAAUAUCAUUCUCUACAUCAUACUAAAAGUUAACUCAAAGGUUAAUAACACCUUUACAUAGCCUCAGCUGUGGAUCUAGCUAGUUGUAGCUUUUGAGUGAAUAAACCUUCAGCUUGUGUGUGAUCUACAGUGGCCGAUGGGAUUUACAUUUGACCAACAGCUGUAUAGGUGCAUAAAAACUUGUUUAUUUCUGGCUAGCUACAGUAUAUAUAGGCCACAGACAUCCCCAGGGAAAACUGCUGAUCUCUUUCCAUUGUGAGCAGAGGCAAGUGCUCAGAGGUUCAUAGGAGCAGCCAUUGCUUAAAAAUGCACAAAGUGAUUGUGUUUCAGUACAGUAAGCCAUAAACUUCCCAUUAGCAACAAUGCCAGUAGGACACAUGCUUACUUGUAUCUGUCCCUCAUAUCAUGUAAUACAAAGUUAUACUUUUGCUAAAGAACAAAUUUCUUCCAGAUAGCGAAAUAAUUCGUAUUUAAAUGUAUAUGGAGCAUUUUAUGUGUACUGGUUGCUCACUAGGAUGAGCUCAUGUCACUACUAUUAUUUAACUGCAGGGAGCAGACUGGGUCCAACCUGUUUUUAUGUGUAUGCAUCUGUACAGAAUUGCAUUAGUUGUAUAUAAUUGUUAAUGAUUUUUUUUUUCCUGCUGGUGUCCCUCUUGCAAAUUGUACUUUGGUUGUAGUGGAUUAUAAACUUUUUAAAACUUU